AUGGCAGCCAAGUUAGAGUCUUUAAUCCAGCAGCUAGCUGAGACAACCGAGAGCAUCCGGAACAACCCCGCUUCGUUUCAUGCCUCUACCAAUCAGCAUGCUAGACUCGCUGACGCCCUCCAAGUCCUCCGGGCAGAAACGAGGCAGCCCACAGACGUGGUUCUUGACCUGCUUCCCCACUUGGCAGAAUUGACCGUGUUGCGGCUUUUCAUUAAAUGGAAGGUGUUCGAAAACAUUCCCGCCGAUGGUGAGAUAUCAUUCAGAGACUUGGCUUCCAAGCUUGGUGCCGAAACGAAUCUCAUAACCCGGUUUGCUAGUGUUCUGGUAGCCAGUGGCGUUUUGAAGCAAGUCGGGUACGAUCGCGUUGCUCACUCCCCCAUGUCCCCUCUCUUCACAUCCGGUUCCCCUGUGAGCGCUUUUGCGCAGAUAACCUUCGAUAAUGAUCUGAGAUCACUGCUCGCCAUGCCCGACUAUUUCGAGCGCUAUGGGCUCAAAGAACCUGCUGGCAGAUAUCAUACGGUCUAUUCGUUUUCCGCUGGGGACCCUGAACUGACAGUCUGGGAACAAAUGAACAAAAACAAGACUAAAAUGGCAGACUUCAUGACCACCAUGGCUGUGUUGGAUGAGGGAAUAGGAACGACCUAUGACUUCAGUUGGCUCCGCCUAGAAGCAAACUCGUCCAAAGACAGAGUUCUUCUCGUCGACGUUGGCGGCGGCCGAGGUCAAGCAGUCAGAGCCAUCUGCCAGGCCGUACCCGACCUUCCUGUCAACCGUUGCGUGGUGGAAGAUCUCGCCGAGGUGGUUGAAGAAGCGAGAUUGUCCGCCGAAGGGGAAAUGAAAGAAGCCCAGUUCGUUGCUCUUGACUUUCACAAAGAGCAGCCGGUGAAAGGGGCAUUGCUGUACUAUUUUCGCCACUGUCUGCAUGAUUACGGAGACGAGGAUUCUGUGUGUAUGCUUCAACAGAUUCGAGAUGCCAUGGUGGCCGACAGCAGGCUCCUCAUUGUGGAACAGAUCCUAAUCUCGGAGGCAAGGAACGGACGCUUGAAUGUUUCCGGUCUAUCACGUCCCGCGCUGGGCUAA